CUCUCUUCCUCGUGUGGCAUGUGUCAUAUAUGCUUGGACCCUGUGCGUGAGAGUUCAGAUUUUAUAACGGGAUCCUGGGCCAACGAACGUCCCCCUCAACAUGGCGCUUCAUCUGAUGAAAGUAAUCAUCCCAGGAAGAGUAGAAGAAACACAAGAGCAGCCGCGGUAGUCAGAGCCCCCCUGCGGACCCCAGCUCGCCUGCCCCUGCCCAGCAGUUCCUGAGUCCUUUAGCACCUGAUGCAGGUGGUCGUAACGGCCACUGAAUCUCUCCACGCGGGAUUGUAUGGACGUGCGGGCCCUUUCAGAUCGCUCUCUGUGAGAAGGUGGCUCAGGACAGCCGGAGUGGAAGUCAGCCAGAGACAGAGGCUUCCGGAGGCAUCUAGGAGGAGAUUAAUAGCCUCAGGUGCAGUCGUGGUCCCACAGGUGCACCUGCGCGCGCACAGAGGGCCCAGGACACGUGGACACGUGGACAUGGCGGGGCAGACUGCCCUGUGGCCUUUCCUGCCGCCCAGCCCCGGGGGCGCCCUCCCCAUGGAGUGGGCCAGCCAGGUGGCACUGUCGGCGUGCUGGCCUUCAGCACGUUCACACGUGCGUGUGUGUGCGGACUUCCAUCUGGGGCUCAAGCGAACAGGUGUCGUUAGCCCUCACUGGAAGACGUUUCCAUUGAGAGACUGUAGAUCUUUCUCAAAGUCAUCCCUGUUGACUGGAGGGGAGAUGGUGGGCGCCCUGGACCGGACCUCCUUGUCCCAACACCACGGCCCCAGAAAGAAGCCUUGUUUUACGUUCCUUGCUGCUCCAGUCAUCUCCUCUAAGUGGCCUCACGUGUCUGUGGUGUCUGUCACUGCUUCCUUCACUCAGCACUACGUCUUCAAGACUCCGCUGCUGUUACAAGAACCAGUCAGUGCUCAGUUCCCUUGUACUGCCCAGAAGACCUCCCUCCUGGGGACUGGCCCCAUCGUGUUCAUCUCCUCAGUGAAGGUCACGGGCGGGUUUCCACGCUGCAGCCGCUACGCCGUCACGGGUGUGCGCUGA